AUGCCCUCGCAGCGCGACAUCGACUGGUCUUUGCCGGAGCGCUUGUCCUACGACUGCGCGUCCAGCGAUGUAACCUCCGGCAGCCUACGCGAGUCGAGCAGCUCCGCCACCGGCUUCGUGGACGGCGGUUCAAGCCAAGGUGGAGCCGCGACGGGUUCGCAGCGCAGGCACGGGGACCCCAGAGAUGCGGGGCACAUUCUCUUCGAGUCCUCGGACAGCUCGACCGGCCGCAGGGAGGAUGGCGGCCAGCUGCGUGAGGACGCCGGCGGCACGGAGUGGCGGCGCCUGUCGCGCACGGAGCGCCGGAGGCUGCAGCGCCUCAAGGCGCAGGCCAUCCGGGAGGCGCAGGGCGGCGAGCCCGGGCAGGUGGCCCGGGCCGAGGUGUCUCUGCAGCGAACCGUGGCGGCGCUGCGCGGCGCGGGGCGCCCACUUGAGCCCGGCGCCGCCGACGCCAGUGUAGGCUCUUCGAACAGGGCGGCCGCGGCCGCCGCGCCGUUGGCCGGGGGGGAGCCCGGCCAGCCUCAGAGCAGCAAGCUGUCACUGUGAACGCGAAGGGCGCGCCGCGCCCAGAGUCCCACUCGUCCUUGAGCCUCAGCGAGCGCAGCGCUUUUGCCGCGGGCUCGACGGAGCGGCUUGGCGAGACACUGCGCGACUUCGUGUACGAGCUGAGUCGAGCAUGAUACCACAUGGCCAUUGCCCUCGCCAAUUCAGCUGUGUGCCUUGGUUUUCCUUGAGUGCGCACCUGGCCCACUUGUGUGAGUCGCCGGUGGCCGCUGCUGAGUGUUUUUGCAGCGCGCACCUGCGGAUGUUCUUUUUCACAGCAACUACCGUGUUGCUUUUAACUGAUGCCAGUGCGUGGACCCCAAGCA